CGUGACCAUGUCAUUGAGGCGGAAAUGAAAGUUAACUAUAUAGCAGCGAUAGGACCACAGCCUUAUUAAGAGCUGUGAUGUCAUGGCAACUGCCAGCGUGAACAGACCUGGCAGCGUUCAGCCCACUGAGAAAUCCCAGCUGACCUUGAAAGUGCUUUCGGCAAAGCCCCAGUCCCCCAAAGUCCCCAACCGCCAUUCCCGCCUCUGCUCGUUUGUGGAGGUGACUGCCGAUGGCCUCAGCAGCGAGACCAAGAAGACGGGCAAACGCCUGGGCCAGCUGGAGCUCCAGUGGAACGAGGACCUCACCCUGAAUGUGACGCCUCAGAGUCGGCUGGACCUGAAGGUAUGGAGCUGUCACACCCUGAGGAAAGAGCUCCUGGGCAGCGCCACCAUUGACCUGCUGGACACCUUACGCAAUCACGAUGGCAAAAUGGAGAAUCUACAGCUCAGUCUGGUGUUGCAGACGGAGAACAAAGGCGCAGUUGUAGCAGGAGGCGAGCUGAACGUCUGUCUGGACGGCCUGGUUGUUGAUCUGGGAUCCCUGCCCAAUGGCAGCACAGCAACAGACAAAAUGCUGCAGUCGGACAGACCCAACCUGCGAAGGACGCAGAGUGAAGAGACACCCAGCACGGCCAGUCCCCGUGGCAGGACCAACAGGCGAUCUCCGGGCAGCUCCAGGGGCACGUCUCCGGGUGGCGGCCCCCGGGGGCCCCUCCUCACCAACGGGGACCUAAACGGAGAGCAGAGCCCCGGGGCCUCCAGCCGACACCGCAACUCCAAGAGCUCCUCUCACAGCAGCCCCGGGAGCGCAGGCAAAGGAGAGCUGGCCCCCAACGGCCUGGAGAACGGGCGCGCUGGCAGCCAGGCCCGCCACACCCCGCCCCCUCCCUCCCCCACAUCGCUCAGGACCAGCGGCACCCCUGCCAGCAGCAGCAACCCCACCACCACCGGCCCUGAUGCCGGAGCCACGCCCCCUGCGGCGCCCCCCUCGAACCCGGACCAACCCACCCCUGCUUUGGAGCCCAUGCCGGAUUCGCUGCCAGCUGGCUGGGAGCAGCGCGUGUUGCCCCAUGGCAGGGUGUACUACGUGGACCACAACACUAAGACCACCACCUGGGAAAGACCCCUCCCGCCAGGGUGGGAGAAGCGCGUGGACCAGCGCGGGCGCUACUACUAUGUGGACCACAACACGCGCACCACCACCUGGCAGCGGCCCACGGCCGAGUCGGUGCGCAACUACGAGCAGUGGCAGAGCCAGCGCAGCCAGCUGCAGGGAGCCAUGCACCAGUUCAGCCAGAGGUUCCUCUACCAGCCAUCCGGGGCGCCUGUUGAAAAUGAUCCGCUGGGUACUCUUCCUCAAGGCUGGGAGAAGCGUCAGGACAAUGGCAGAGUCUACUUUGUUAACCACAACACACGGACCACCCAGUGGGAGGACCCGAGAACCCAAGGGAUGAUCCAGGAGCCCCCCCUGCCCCCCGGCUGGGAGAUGAAGUACACGGCGGAGGGCGUGCGCUACUUUGUGGACCAUAACUCCCGAACCACCACCUUUAAAGACCCCCGACCGGGCUUUGAGUCUGGGUCCAGGCAGGGUGGUUCUCCAGGGGCUUAUGACCGCAGCUUCAGGUGGAAAUACCAUCAGUUCCGCUUCCUGUGCCAUUCCAAUGCCUUGCCGAGCCAUGUGAAGAUAUCUGUGUCCAGGCAGACCCUGUUCGAGGACUCCUUUCAACAGAUUAUGAACAUGAAGCCGUAUGACCUCCGCCGGAGGCUCUACAUCAUCAUGAGGGGAGAGGAGGGCUUGGACUACGGGGGCAUCGCCAGAGAGUGGUUCUUCCUGCUCUCCCACGAGGUGCUGAAUCCCAUGUACUGCCUGUUCGAGUACGCCGGCAAGAACAACUACUGUCUGCAGAUCAACCCCGCCUCCUCCAUCAACCCCGACCACCUCACCUACUUCCGCUUCAUUGGGCGAUUCAUUGCCAUGGCUCUGUACCACGGCAAGUUCAUCGACACGGGCUUCACGCUGCCCUUCUACAAGCGCAUGUUGAACAAGAAGCCCACCCUGAAGGACCUCGAGUCCAUAGACCCCGAGUUCUACAACUCCAUCAUGUGGGUCAAAGACAAUAACCUGGAGGAGUGUGGCGUGGAGCUGUACUUUGCUCAGGACAUGGAGAUCUUGGGGAAGGUGUCCACGCACAUGCUGAAGGACGACGGAGAGAAUGUCCUCGUCACGGAGGAGAACAAAGAGGAAUACAUCAGGCUGCUGACCGACUGGCGCUUCACGCGGGGGGUGGAGGAGCAGACCAAGGCUUUCCUGGACGGCUUCAACGAGGUGGUGCCCCUGGAGUGGCUACGCUACUUUGAUGAGAAGGAGCUGGAGCUCAUGCUGUGUGGCAUGCAGGAGAUUGACCUGAGCGACUGGCAGAAGAACACCAUCUACCGCCAUUACACCAAGAACAGCAAGCAGAUCCAUUGGUUCUGGCAGGUGGUGAAGGAGAUGGACAAUGAGAAGCGGAUCCGCCUGCUUCAGUUUGUGACGGGCACCUGUCGUCUACCAGUGGGAGGCUUUGCAGAGCUGAUAGGGAGUAAUGGCCCACAGAAGUUCUGCAUAGACAAAGUGGGGAAAGAAACAUGGCUGCCCAGAAGCCAUACCUGCUUCAACAGGUUGGACCUGCCGCCCUACAGGAAUCUGGAGCAGUUGCGAGAGAAGCUGCUCUUCGCCAUCGAGGAGACUGAGGGCUUCGGGCAGGAAUGAGGACGGCAACACCCAAACAAGAACAGCCUCACAUUAUAAAACACGAGCAUCCAGGGGAGAAGAGGCAGAGAAGACUGAGCAGAGGCAGAGAGAAAGAACCUUGCGUUAUAUUGUCACAGCCUUUUCUUUCAAAAACUCCCCUCUUUGGAUGAGGCAGGCAGCUGGGGACACACAGAGGGGAGAGAGAGAGAGAGGGCGGGCACAAGAUAAAUGUCUCGCUGAAAAUGCCUUAUGAUUCUGGGGAUUUGAGCGCUACUAGACAUGUCCUCAGACCUCCCCUCUACUCACUACGCAGUUGCAUUCCUACCACAGUAGAUCUAUUAGAAAUUUGCCAAAAAAAGAAAGAAAUGUAAUGAUGGGAGAUUUUAAAAAAGAACAAAAAAUACUGCAUUAUAAUCAAUCGCAAAUUUCCAGACACACUGCACAUCCACUGCUUAAGAGUCAUAUCUAUAUAGAUGAAAUCAUUUGAUGAAAUGAACACUUUAGGUGGAUGUCUGGGAAGUGGGAGGAUCAUUGACGUGUGGAUGUUUGGAGGAGAGAGAGACACAGAGAGUGUGUGUGAGUGAGUGAGCGAGAUAUCAGUGAAGACGAUGGGAGAGAAUGAGAGUCACCCUUGGAUAAAGGGAUGGCCUGGUAAAUUUCCGUUCUUGUUUACUGUUGAUUGUGUUAUGCAGUGUGAUCCUGUACAUAACUGAGGUAAAUGAGACUUGCAUCAUGGACGACCCGAGUGAAGCCAUGAUUCUAUGAAAUAAAAAAUCAUGUAUGUAAAUAAUGUUUGUUGAGUGUCUAAAGGAAUUCAGCUUUUCUAAAAAAAAAAUCCAUUUUAGUCUCACAGUAUUAUUGUGAAAAAAAACGUGAUUUUAUUGAGAAAAUAACUAAUUAAAAGUUAUUUUGAAUGAAUAAAUGCUUCCAAUCA